AUGGGUCAUAAACCAGCCCCCCAGCCUGCCGAUAUUGUUUUUUUGGUUGCUAGCAGCAAUACGUCUUCACACCAUGUCAAAACAUUUAUCAGCAAAGUCAUCGAUGGUUUACCGCUAGGUACUAAUGAGUAUCGUGUUGCACUUGCCCAGUAUAACGAUCAAGUAUACAAUGAAUUCCAACUGGAUACCUAUAAAGGGAAGAUUCCAAUGUUGAACCAUAUCAAAAACAAAGUUGUGUUCAGAGGUGGGCCCUUGAAAACUGGUACUGCUCUCCGGAAGAUUCAUGAGACCUAUUACGGGAAGCCAACCCAUGAAAGGGACCGGUCCAAGAUUUUGGUUGUGAUGACGUCUCAACCAUCUGGUGAUGAUGUAGAAGAAAGUGCCCAAUUGUUGCACAAAGCAGGAGUGAAGGUCCUUGCACUGGGCAUGGAGGAUGCUUCCUACGAUGAACUAAUUCAGAUGGCCACAAAACCAUUUAGCUUCUUUUUUCCUAGAACAGAAGAACUCAUUUUAUUUUCUCAGAACAUUUCCGGAAUCGUAGAUGCCAUUCACGUAGGUGACAACAACCACCCAGACCUAACAAGCAAGAGAGCUGAGGACAAAGUAAAUAAUGGGACAGUUAUAGAAGCUUGCGAUGACGAUGCAGUCGCUGACGUGGUUUUCAUAGUGGAUGCGGGUCCUCCGCAAAACAAAUUUGAGAAGAUUCAAAUAUUUUUGGAAAAGCUGGUGUCUUCUCUGGAUGUGAAGGAGAAAUGCAUAAAGGUUGGCCUGGUGACGUUCAGCACUAAACCCGAGGUGAUAUUUUUACUGCGGAUGGAAAUGGAUAAGACGAAUGUUCUGCAGCACAUACAAAGUCUUUCUCCCAAGGCAGGAAAGGCCAACGUUGGCUUGGCCAUUCAUUUCACAAGGGAGAAAGUUUUCACGGAAAGUUCCGGAAGCAGGAAGACCCAGGGGGUGGAACAAAUAGCCAUUCUUAUCACUCACAGGCCUUCAGAAGAUGGGGUGGGCAAUGCUGCAACCGUUCUCAGGAGAGCAGGUGUGACGGUGUUCGCAAUUGGCGUCGAAAAGGCUGAUGUCACUCAGUUAACCCAGAUAGCUGCGUACCCGUCACAACAGUACGUGACCCACCUGAAAACAUUUCCCCACUUGCCACGCCAGGCUCUCGUUUUUCAUAAGAAGGUGGUGAAUCAGGUGCAACGAAAGCUCUACAUGGACAACAAAAGAGCAGAACUGCUUAAAAGAGGCUGCGUGGAUACAGAAGAAGCAGAUAUUUAUUUUCUCAUCGAUGGUUCCUCAAACCUCGAUUAUUUCGAUUUUGUGGACCUGAAGUUGUUUUUGAAAGAAGUGGUUAGAUUUUUCCCGAUAGGACCGAAUAAAGUUCGCUUUGGAGUGGUUCAAUAUGCAGACAUGAACGAGCUGGAAUUCGGACUUGAGGAAUAUGGUAAAGCAAGUGAUAUAUUGAAAGCCAUUGAUAACAUCCGUCAAAUAGGUGGCAGUCCUUACACAGGAGCAGCUUUGACAUCCAUCCAGCCCUUGCUAAGAAGGUCACAAGGUCAACACUCCCGAAGUGUUCCCUGCCAUCUGAUAGUGCUAACUGACCGGAAAUCAGAGGACCACGUUGAGGGACCUGCCAAGAGGUUGAGGAAUGAAAUGGUCAACAUUUAUGCCAUCGGUGUCAGACACGCUAACGAGUCACAGAUUUAUGAGAUCGCAGAGUCAAAGGACAGAGCUUAUUCUGUCAACGAUUUUGCCUCUCUGAAGCAUAUAAAGAAUGAAGUUGUCCGAGAGAUCUGUGCCGUAGAAGCCUGCAAAGAGAAGAAAGCUGACGUUCUGUUUCUGGUGGACAGCUCCAGCAGUAUAGGCCCUGAGAACUUUGUGAAAAUGAAGGACUUCAUGAUGGACCUCGUGAGCAAAUCUGACAUUGGUCCCGACAGAGUGCACAUUGGUGUUGUGCAGUUCAGUGGCAGAAGCCAAGAAGAAUUCCGACUCAACCAGUACUCAUCGAAGAGAGACAUCAUUGGCGCUAUUGGGAGAAUGUCUCCUAUGGGACAGAACACGCUCACAGGGGAAGCAUUGCGAUUCGUGUCCGAUUAUUUUAAGCCCGCCAAAGGGGCAAGGCCCCAUGUCAAGAAAAUUCUGAUUCUGAUCACUGAUGGGGAAGCGCAGGAUGAGGUGAGAGGACCCGCAGAGGCUUUGAGAGAGCAAAGUGUUGUCAUCUACUCCUUGGGGGUGUUCAGCGCAAAUAAAACUCAGCUGGUGGAGAUAAGUGGAAAGCCUGAAAUGGUGUUUUAUGUGGAGGACUUCGACGUUCUGAAGCACUUAGAACGUGAGAUCCUCUUUGGAAUAUGCAGUCCGUACGAUGAGUGCAGGAGAAUCGAGCGCCUAGACAUUGUUUUCGUCAUUGAUGGUUCUGGAAGCAUCGAUCCCAGAGAAUACGACAUUAUGAAAGACUUCAUGAUCGCUUUGGUGAAGAAAUCGGAUGUCAGCCAGGACCGAGUCCAGUUCGGAGCUGUCAAAUAUUCUGCCGAGCCAGAAACCUUUUUCUUUCUCAACACCUACAGCACGAAAUCGGAAAUCAUUAAGGCUAUCCAGAAUGAUAAGCCUAUUGGGACAACGACCUACACAGCCAAGGCUCUGAGGUAUUCAGAAGGCCUUUUCUCAGAGGAGCAUGGCAGCCGCAAGCGCCGCAGUGUCCCCCAGGUUCUCAUAGUGAUAACCGACGGGGACUCCCAUGAUGCAGCAGAACUUGAUGAAGUGUCCAGGAAACUUAGGGCACAUGGCAUUGUCAUCUAUGCCAUCGGGAUAGAAAGAGCCAAACCUGGGGAGCUCUUGACCAUGGCAGGAUCGGAAGACAAAUACUUCUACGUCAAUUCGUUUGAAGGACUGAAACACCUGUAUCCCAAAUUGUCUGACAAUAUAUGCAGUGUUUCGAAACCAGAAUGUGGAAUUCCGGCAGAUCUUGUAUUCCUGAUUGACGGCUCUAACAGCAUAAGCGACAGCGACUUCAACAAGAUGAAGAGUUUUUUGCAAGACGUAGUUCAUCCCUUUGACACCGGCCACAACGUGCAAGUUGGUAUCGCUCAGUACAGCGACAGGUACAGGGAAGAAUUCAGCCUGGAUAUUUUCCCAGCCAAAUCAGAACUUGAAACAAAAAUCGGACGCAUCCGACAGAUGGAAGGACUCCAGACCUACAUUGGUGCCGCUCUGGGGAGGGUGAAGCACUACUUUACACCAGAAGGUGGCAGCAGAGCAAAUGAAAACAUCCAACAGAUUUUGCUGGUGAUCACAGAUGGCCGGUCACAUGACAAAGUUGUAAAAGCAUCAGAAGAUCUGAGAAAGAGAGGUGUUGACAUAUAUGCCAUAGGAGUAGGGAAAAUCGACCAUUUGCAGCUUAGUCAGAUAGCCGGCUCCUCAGAUAGGAAAUACACAGUUGAUAAUUUCAGCGAACUGAAGGUAAUUAAAAAAAGACUAGUUGAUGAUAUUUGUGAGGAAGAAGAUAAAACAACAUGCUUCGUGGAUGUUGUUGUGGGAAUAGAUGUCUCCUCACAAAGUCAAGGUGACCAUAUAUUCCACGGACAGUCGCAGCUGGAAACCUACCUUCCAAAAAUUAUAAAUGCCCUCACAUCCUUAACAGGUGUGAGUUGCAAUGCAGGGUCACAGUCGCAAACCAGUGUGGCACUGAAGGUGAGAAACACAGAACCGCUGGUGACAUCAAAGUUCCAAAUUGAUAGUGAAAAGCUUUUGAACAGUCUUGUGGGCACCACUGUCAAGAAUGCAUCCCACCUUAAUGUAGACUUUUUGGAUUCACUUUGGGAAACAUUCCAGAUCAAAUCUGCCAAUCGAAGAAAGGUGCUCCUUGUAUUUUCGGAUGGCCUGGACGACGACGUGGAAAUCCUGGAACAGAAAUCAGAAGAGCUCAAGAAAAAAGGAUUGGAUGCGCUGAUAACUGUCGUUCUGGAAGGGGCUGAAAAAAUUAACGAUCUUCAAUAUAUUGAGUUUGGGAAAGGAUUUGGAUACAGGACACAACUGAAUAUUGGCAUGAGAAAUAUUGCCAGUCAUCUGUCCAAGUACGUGGCCAAUAUCGCCGAGCGAACAUGUUGCUGUGUGUUUUGCAAAUGUGUUGGUGAAGAGGGAGAAGGAGGAGACCCAGGAAGACACGGGAUGAAGGGCCUUCAAGGUGUUAGAGGAAGUCCAGGACACUUAGGAGAAGAAGGGGAAGCUGGCCCACGAGGGAUCCCAGGGCCAGAUGGAGAAAGGGGCGACAAGGGUUGCCGUGGUAACCGAGGACCCAAGGGGCAGAGAGGAAUAGUGGGCCGAAAGGGAAACAAGGGGGAUAAUGGAUUUGAUGGCGUUAAUGGAGAGCCAGGUUCUUCUGGACCUCCAGGAAUUAAAGGAGAAAAGGGUGACCCAGGCGGCCAGGGCAGCCCGGGACCAAGGGGACUCCCUGGUGAUCGCAGCGAAAAGGGCUUUCGAGGAGAACCAGGUAUUCCUGGACCAGAUAGUAGCAUAGCAGGACCAAAAGGUUUAGAAGGGGGAAGAGGAAGAGAGGGUGAGAGGGGACCAAGGGGCCCCACGGGAUUCCCCGGCUUGAAAGGAACCAGAGGACAUCAAGGCCGAAGAGGCCAGCCUGGCCCCCAGGGGAGACAAGGGCCCCGUGGUCCUAGCGGUUUUCCUGGACAGCAAGGAUUUAAAGGUCCACAGGGUGUGAGAGGAAUCCAGGGCAUGAAGGGAAUGAAAGGAAAUCAAGGAAACAAAGGGUUUCCUGGUUACCUGGGAGUGGCAGGUCCACCAGGCAUUCCUGGGAUCUGGGGAACCAAAGGCAAUAAGGGAGAGCCUGGCGGCCCCGGAAUAAAAGGGGAGAGAGGUCCACCGGGACGCCGGGGAAUAAGGGGCGAUGGUGGUGCAGUUGGAUAUGGUAAACAAGGACAAAAAGGGAUAAAGGGGCAAAAAGGCUUUCCUGGAGCUAUGGGUCAGAAGGGUGAGGAUGGCAACCCUGGCAUUGCAGGAGGACCUGGGCCAAAAGGAACCGCUGGGAGAACGGGUCCUGAAGGUGCUACUGGCCUCAAGGGUACAUUGGGAGACCGUGGUCCUCCUGGACGUAGGGGUAUUAAAGGAGCAAAGGGUGUGGCUUCUUUUUCCCCAUGCGAACUCAUUGCUUAUAUUCGUGAGCACAGCUCUUGUUACCAAGGGAUGCCAGAAUGCCCAGCAUAUCCCACAGAAUUAAUGUUUGCUUUGGAUGUCUCUCAAGACACCACGCCUCAGAUGUUUGACCGAAUGAGGGAGAUCGUCAUAGCGAUUGUGAAGGACCUCAGAAUCAGGGAAAGCAACUGUCCUGUGGGAGCCAGGGUGGGUGUCGUGUCCUACAGCUCUAGCACCCGCUAUCUGAUCCGCUUCUCAGAUUUCCGCAGCAAGGAACGCUUGCUUCAAGAGCUCAAGGCACUUUCUUACCAGAGAGCAGCAAGCAGACGGGACACGGGUGCAUCGAUGAGGUUUGUGGCCAGGAAUGCCUUCAAGAGAACUCUCCAAGGUGCUAACUUGAGAAAAGUUGCUGUCUUUUUCAGCCACGGUCAGACUGCAGAUCCAAAUUCCUUCAACACAGCUGUCCUUGAAUACAGUGCCUUAGAGAUCCUUCCGGUGGUCAUUGCAUUUAAUAACAUCACCCAGCUCCAUCGUUCCUUUGCGAUGGAUGAUUCCGGACAGUUUCAAACCCUUCACAUUCCAAGCAAAGGCGAUUACACAUUGUUUUUACAGGGACUCCAGCUGUGCACUCUUUGUUAUGAUAAAUGCAAACCAAAUGAUGCCUGCAAACGUACCAGAAGAUCUCUUCCGCCUUGGGGAUAUGUGGACACGGCUUAUUUGGAUACCUCACAGGCAAUGAAUCCCGGCGAAUUUGAGAAACUGAAAGGAUUCUUAAGCAGCGCACUUGACGCCUUUGAGGUCUCCUCUGAGCCCGCGGUUUCUUCUGUGGGCGACAGGGUGGCUGUGGUGAGCCACGCUGCGCCAGCUUUCAAGCCCCAGACACAGCAACCGCCGGCAAAAAAAGAGUUCGACUUGGUGACUUACGGCAAGACGCAGUCAAUGAAAAGACAUAUCCGGGAAUCCCUUCGGCAGCUGGGUGGAGAAGCUGCCCUGGGCCAUGCCAUCCAGUGGACGAUCAACAACGUUUUCUCAGCAUCUCCCAACCCGAGGAAACACAAGGCUCUCAUCAUUGUAUCCGCUGGGGAAACGAGUCGCUGGGAUAAGGAAGUGUUGAAGAAAGCGUCUCUGAGAGCCAAGUGCCAAGGCUAUGCCCUGUUGGUACUCUCCUUGGGACCUAAGUACAAUGGCACAGAACUUGAGGAGCUGGCAAGUCGACCCGUGGAGCAGCAUUUGAUUCAGCUUGGCAGGAUUCACAAGCCUGAACUGGAAUACGCGCUUAGGUUCCUGAAACCCUUUCUAUACCUCCUUCGGAGUGGAAUCAACAGCUAUCCGCCAGCUGAACUCCGAAUAAAAUGUAACAAGGUCACCUCUCAAAAAUCGAGAUACACUUCAAGGAGUCUCAGUCUCAUGUAA